AUGAAAACCUCUCCCGCUUCUCCCAACCGCAAAUCAAACUCAUCCUCUUUCAGCAACUCCGCCAAGUCCUCAUCCUCAGCUUCGACCAACCCACCACAACCGUUACCACCAACCUUCCAUCCAAACUUCCUUCCAUUUAUAAACCACCUCGCCCAACCCCUCAACCCGAUGGUGAAUUCCAUAACUGGCGAAGCAGCCCCAGGGUGGCCUGAAAAUGUCCUGCAAUAUCACCUUCUUUCCGAGAACCAACUAAACAACUUAGCCCGAUUUUUCGGGCAAGUGUUCCCAGCAAAUACCACCACUCAUUCCUACCCGCGAACCUUCCGACCAUGGAUCGGCGCUCCAGACGAAGACUCAACAAGCAUCGAGAGAAAACGAAGUUCCUUUGGUUAUUUCAUCGGUCUAUAUGAUUACAUCCCUUCGGAGGUUGAACAUUUUACAGCGCGCCUGGCGCGACCUUUGCUUGAGCAUCCGCUUUCUAUAAAUCUGGGCCCCGCGGGACAGCGACAGACACAACCUGAAUCUUACCCGGGUCAAGAUAAUGCUCGAAAUUUAACACGGCCUGAGAAUGAAGCUGAGAGCGCACACUCGCAGAGUGUAAUGGAUGUGAUGCUGUACAUGGAGCGGGAGUGGCAGCUUGCGAUGGCGCGGGCGCAGGCGGAGCAGGAGAAUAGGUUGGCGCGGAAGUGA